ACAACAAAAAGAAAACUAAAGGCCCAAAAUUCUUCAUAACAAUGGCUCUCUUGUUCAACACUAAUCUCCUCAGAGCUCCUCUCACUUUCCACUCAAUUCCACUUUCUUCUACUAAGCAAUUCCCCAAUUACUCUUCUAUCUCUGUUCGUUGUUCAUCUACUAAUCAACAGAGUGAUGAAAUUCGAGAUUCCGAUCAAGAUGAACCAAAGAAGAAGAAAAGACUCUCUGAACAGUCUUCAUGGGAAACUAAAGAUUCUGAUGGCAAAGAUUAUCUUUAUAGGCUUGGUGCUGAGGCAGAUAAUAUGAAUAUUGCUGUUGGUGCUAGGGCUGGCGUCAUUGAUAGCCUAUUCGCCGGGAAUUUCCUUGGAAAAGAUUCGGAUAUUGUGUUUGAUUAUCGGCAGAAGGUGACUAGGUCGUUUCAGUACCUUCAAGGCGAUUACUACAUUGCACCUGUGUUUCUGGAUAAAGUUGUGUGUCACAUUGUGAAGAACUACAUUUCUAAUAUUUUGAACGCCAAAGUUCCCCUGAUUCUAGGUGUUUGGGGAGGAAAAGGGCAAGGCAAAACAUUUCAGACUGAACUGAUCUUUCAGGCAAUGGGAAUUGAACCUGUCAUUAUGUCUGCAGGAGAGCUAGAAUCAGAAAGAGCUGGAGAACCGGGAAAGUUAAUACGUGAGCGUUAUAGAACUGCUUCUCAAGUGGUUCAGAACCAAGGGAAAAUGAGUGUUUUGAUGAUCAACGACAUUGAUGCUGGCCUUGGUAGAUUUGGUAACACGCAAGUGACAGUCAACAACCAAAUUGUUGUUGGAACUCUGAUGAAUUUGUGUGAUAAUCCUACAAGGGUAAGUGUGGGGCAGGACUGGAGAGAAGGAGAUAUAACGCACAGGAUUCCCAUUAUUGUGACAGGAAAUGAUUUUUCAACAAUGUAUGCUCCCCUAAUUCGUGAUGGGAGAAUGGAGAAGUUCUAUUGGCAGCCCACCCAAGAAGACAUCGUGAAUAUUGUUUGUAGAAUGUACGAGAAAGAUGGCAUAACAAAGGAUGAGGUUGCAACUAUUGUUAAUACCUUCCCAAAUCAAGCAUUGGAUUUUUAUGGAGCUAUGAGAUCUAGAACAUACGACCAGUCCAUCUUAAAGUGGGUUGAAGACUCUGGAGGUGCUGAAGAUAUUGGCAGAAGAUUUCUUCGACAAAGAAAGAAGGGAGAACUUCCAGUUUUUAUUCCUCCAGAGCAAACAUUGGAAGCCUUACUUGAAUCGGGAUACUCUCUUACGAAAGAACAAAUGCUGAUUAUGGAGAGCAAACUUUCAAAAGAAUACAUGAAGAACAUGGAUGAAGAAUAGUAUGGAGUGCUGCUGCAACUAUGAGGCUUCAGGUUGAUUUUGUGUAUAUCAUUGAGUGAAUAACAGUAAAUAAUCUUUUUGUUUUACUGUGAAUCCCAAAAUCUGAACAUCUCAGACACAAUCUUUAUUGCUCAACUAAAAUUAUUCAUUUACUGGAUUUAUCAUCCUUUUUACAAAUUCUUUUUUAGUUUUA